GCAAGCAUUUGCCUCACUUGCAUCACCGCCGCCUGCAAACAAACCUGGAUCGCUAGAGGGGAUCUCGCCAGCAGGCCAAAGGAAUGAAACCCGGGAGGAUGGCUUGAUUGCCAAAGGUGUUGCACUGCGAAAAAUCAUGGGGAAUCAAGAUGGGAAGCUAAAGAAAAAUGCAGGUGAUGUGCAAGAAGGAGGAGAGGAUGCCUCUGGGCCCAAGGAUACGGACGGCACAAAGAAGGUAUCGGGGGGCAGAAGGGGACUGGGGAAGCAUGCAAAGGGAAGCGAAUCGGGGAAGAAGAAGGGUAAGUCGGACUCCAGGCCCUCUGUGUUUUCAAAUCUGAGGAUCAGAAAAAAUCUGUCCAAGGCUAAAGAUGGAAAUAGCAGCUCACGGGAGGAUGUUUUGGAAAGCCAGGCCUUGCAGCCUGGGGAGCUGGACAGUACUCAUUCAAUUGUAACCAAAACUCCCGAUAUAAGCAUCUCUGCAGAUGAAGGGGGUCUCUCAGACACAGAUGUUGAACAUUUUGAAAUCAGAAAUGAAACUGUUCCAGCUGCUGCAGAGACACAGGAUGGACAAAGGACCAGCUCUGGCUCUGAUACGGAUAUAUACAGUUUCCAUUCAGCCGCAGAACAAGAGGAUUUGCUUUCUGAUAUCCAGCAAGCUAUUAGACUGCAGCAGCAGCAGCAGCAGGGGGCAAUUAACAUUGGAACUGAGGACUCUGUCUCCAAAACAAUGGGCCGACACAUGGCUAAUUCUCAAGCAACCCCCUUAGAUUUUGAACGGUUUUUUUCAGUAACUACCACUGACAAAGAAAGGAGCCCAGACACUGAGGGGGCUUUUCCAGCAGCAUCGGAAAUUGUAGAAAGCGUUCCCGUCUCCUGUGCAGCUGAACGUGAACUGAAGGAAGUGGUGAAUGGCACAGGCUCUCCUGGUAACAGCUUAUUUGAAACACAGGAACGUCAGCCACUGACUGAGGAGCAGCCCGUUGCUGGAGUGGAUGCUGUAGCCAGUGAACUACAAGAUGGUUUGGAUAGAACUGCAGUAGAAAAUGGGGCUCAGACACGCAGCUCCACAGAACCUUUUCCAUCUCCAGUGGCAGAUGCAGAGGCUAAAAUUGCUGAAGUGCAGGCUGUUGAUUUUCAGGGCUCAGUAACAGAGAGUGGAAUUUCAGAUGCAGGCCAUGAUCAUGCUGCUGAGACUCAGGAAGGGAAACACACUCUGUCAGCCAGUCAAGAGGAGCUGUGUAAUGGUUUAUCCACGGAAAUGAAAAAUGGCAGUUUGUCCUCUGAAGGAACAGCGGACAGUCCGAUGCUUGGUUCCCGAUGUUUUAAGCCCUAUCUAAUUAAUCCCUGUUACAUCAAAACCACAACUAGGCAACUGAGUUCUCCCAACCAUUCACCUUCUCCCUCCCCAUCCCAGAGCCCACUCUUCACAAGGAGGCAGGAGUCCUUCCACAAAAAGGAAAAAGUCUCAGUCAGGAAGAAGAGGUCUGCUAGUCUGGCAGGUUUGUUCAGUCGCUCUGCAGACUGGACAGAAGAGGUGUCCAAUCACAAAAGUGAGAUAACAGAGAAGGUGAGCUCUGCAGACUAUUUGGAGCACAAGGGGUUUAGAGAGAAAAUUCAAACGGAAAGAGUGCCUUUGACUCAUUCAAGAAAGUCCUCAGGGGUCCAGGCUUCUACAGAGACAUUUCCCAAUGUCUUUUCAGGACGAACUCUGCUGGAAAAACUGUUCAGCCAGCAGGAAAAUGCACCACAAGAAGAAGCAGAAAAGCUCUGUUCUCGCAUUAUUGCAAUGGGUCUUUUGCUUCCAUUCACUGACUGCUUCAGAGAGCCAUGUAACCAGAGUGCCAAGCAAAGCACACCCACAUUUGAUCAAGACCAGCUUUAUACUUGGGCUGCAGUUAGCCAACCCACACAUUCAACAGAUUAUGUUGAAGGAAGCUUUCCAAGGAGAAUUCCAUCUGCGUGGCCUCCGCCCAAACCUCCAGAUGAAGAACAAAGGCUCAAAAUUUCAGGAGAAGAGUUGAAAUCUACAGUCCUAGAAACAGAGAAGCAAUGCAUAGGUGGUGUUCAGCAGGCACAGGAUGCUUUUGAGGUGAAAUCUGAGGAGCGUGCCAGUGUCAUCCAACAACUUGAGCAAACUAUUGAGGAUCUGAGGACAAAAAUUGCAGAACUAGAGAAACAAUUUCCUGCUGCAGAGGUACAGACUGCUGGGAGGGAGCAGGAAAGUGGCCACGCACACGCAGACUCUGGGGAACUCAGCAGCGUGACUCUUCAAAGGAAUGAAGAGGAGACCACACCCAGGACUGUGUCACAGGCGAGAUCUGUACAAACGUCACCAACAGAGGAUUAUUUAACACAUAGAAUGCCUUCAGCUAGUGCACUGCCACAGCCACCCCCACCACCACACUUAGAAGGGGGCAAAAGUGAAGGGCCUACUCAGAACUUGCCAGCUCUAGAACUACAGCCCACAUUUUGUUCUGAAAUCUCCUUAAUUCUGUCACCGAAGCUAAUCUCAGUGCCAUUGGAUGCAAGCCAAUCAGUACAGAGUAUACCACAGUCACCUCUUCCAGGACCCAAAGCUGAUUUGUCCCUUGCAUUUGAAGGAGAGACUGAAAUGACAGUUUCCCAUCAGCCUCUAAGUACUGUAGAUGUAACUCGUAGUGAACAUCCCCCUUCCUUGCCCCCAGAGCCCAUAUGUAGCAUUCCCCCAUCACUGCCAGCGACUGAACAGGCUGCCUCCCUGUCUGGAGCACAUGGCCAUUCCUUUGUUACUCCCGUGUCUGUGGCAGGAUUACCACUGCCACCACCUCUACCUGGCUCAGGACUCCCUUCUUCUGCUGUCUCAGCAGUGACAGACCUGGACCACUCUUUCCCGGGCACCACAAUGCCACCUCUCCCUCCUCCUCCACAUUUGCCAAGUGGGGAGAUACCAAUGCUGCCUCCAGCUCCUCUCCUUCCAUGCCCUGGAUUCCCUCCACCACCUCCACCACCACCCUUGCCUGGAGCAGGUGUCCCAUCUCCUCUGCCUGGCUGGGGUAUCCCCCCUCCCCCUCCACCACCACCACCUUUACCUGGAGCCGGUGUCCCUCCUCCACCUCCUCCUCUGCCUGGCCUGGGAUUGCCACCCCCAGCACCACCGCUUCCUGGAGCAGGACCGCCACCACCUCCCCCACCUCUGCCUGGAGGGGCCAUUCCACCUCCUCCUCCUCCACCACCACCUCUGCCUGGUGCAGCUGUACCUCCUCCACCACCUCUUCCAGGAUCAGCUGUACCCCCUCCACCACCUCUGCCUGGUGGAGCUGUACCCCCUCCUCCUCCACCACCACCUCUGCCUGGUGGAGCUGUACCCCCUCCACCCCCUCCACCUCCUCUGCCUGGUGUAGCUGUACCCCCUCCACCUCCUCCACCUCCUUUGCCUGGUGUAGCUGUACCCCCUCCACCUCCUCUGCCUGGUGUAGCUGUACCCCCUCCACCUCCUCUGCCUGGUGUAGCUGUGCCUCCUCCACCACCUCUGCCUGGAGCUGGUGUCCCUCCACCACCCCCUCCUUUGCCUGGGUUGGGGAUGCCUCCUCCGGCCCCACCACCUUUGCCUGGAAGUGCACCUCCCCUUCCAGCAGCAGUCCAGGGCAGCAGUUACCCAGCAGUCCCACAGGGCUGUGGUUUUCUUCCUCCUCCAUUACCAUCUGGUUUAUUUGCAAUGGGGAUGAAUCAGGAGAAAGGGAGCAGGAAACAUGUAAUAGAGCCUUCUCGGCCAAUGAAGCCUCUUUACUGGACAAGAAUUCAGCUCCACAGUAAAAGAGAUUCUAGUGCUUCACUUGUGUGGGAAAAAAUUGAAGAGCCUUCCAUAGAUUAUCAUGAGUUUGAAGAACUGUUUUCUAAAACAGCUGUUAAAGAGAGGAAGAAACCCAUUUCGGACACCAUUACAAAAACAAAGACUAAACAAGUUGUCAAGUUGUUAAGUAACAAAAGAUCUCAAGCUGUUGGAAUAUUAAUGUCUAGCCUUCAUUUAGACAUGAAGGACAUUCAGCAUGCUGUUGUGAACUUGGACAACUCUGUGGUUGAUCUAGAGACACUGCAAGCCCUGUAUGAGAAUAGAGCACAAUCAGAUGAACUUGAAAAAAUAGAAAAGCAUAGCAAGGCAUCCAAGGAAAAAGAAAAUGCCAAGUCUUUGGAUAAGCCAGAACAGUUCCUCUAUGAACUCUCACUGAUUCCCAACUUUUCAGAACGUGUGUUUUGCAUCCUGUUCCAGUCAACAUUUUCAGAAAGCAUUGGUUCAAUCCGUCGCAAACUUGAAUUGUUACAGAAACUAUGUGAGACAUUGAAGAAUGAAUCAGGAGUUAUGCGGGUUCUGGGUUUGGUUCUUGCCUUUGGGAAUUACAUGAAUGGUGGAAACAGGACACGAGGACAGGCUGAUGGGUUUGGACUAGAUAUUCUGCCAAAACUGAAAGAUGUCAAGAGCAGUGACAACAGCAGAAGUCUUCUAUCAUACAUUGUCUCAUAUUAUUUGCGUAAUUUUGACGAGGAUGCUGGAAGAGAACAAUGCAUCUUUCCUCUUCCGGAUCCACAAGAUCUCUUCCAGGCUUCACAACUGAAGUUUGAUGAUUUUCAAAAAGAUCUCCGCAAAAUGAAGAAAGAUUUGCGAGCAUGUGAGACAGAAGCAGCAAAAGUUUAUCAGCUAUCACUAGAAGAGCACCUACAGCCCUUCAAAGACAACAUGGAGCAAUUCAUUAGUCAAGCCAAAAUAGACCAAGAAAAUGAAGAGAAGUCACUGACAGAAGCACAUAAAAGCUUUUUGGAAACUACAGCCUAUUUCUGUAUGAAACCAAAAAUGGGCGAGAAGGAGGUGUCCCCACAUUCUUUCUUCAGUAUUUGGCAUGAAUUCAGUUCUGACUUCAAAGACUUCUGGAAGAAGGAAAACAAACUUAUUCUUCAAGAAAGAGUCAAAGAAGCAGAGGAAGUUUGCAGGCAGAAAAAGGGGAAGUCUCUGUACAACAUUAGACCAAAACAUGACUCUGGAAUCAAAGCAAAGAUAAGUAUGAAAAUCUGAAAGAAGAAAUUCAAAAGCCAUUGUUACCUGGUUACCAAAAUUCAACAUGCCUGUGGGUGGGGAGUGAGAGGGAAGGAAACUACAUCAUCCUGAUCAUUUGCUUCAUUGACCUUUUAAACUUUGCGUUUUGUUCUCUAGUUUUCCACCAACUGAUGUGUUAUUGUGCAUUCAUUCACAAAUGUAAUCACUUUAUUGGAGUGCCCAGCAAUAGACUAGGUAUGGACUUGAAACACCUUCCCUGUACUCUGUAUCUCCUUUGCCACUCAAAAAUGGUAUUUUGUAAAGUGUAUGGUAUAUUACAAAUAGGACAAGUCAGCAUGCAUAAAAAGUGGUAUCUGCAUCAGUUCUGAACAUGCUGAAAAUUGCAUUAAGUUGAACUUCAUAAGAAUGCUACUUGGUACAGUAAAACAUUUCCAUUCCUACUGGCAACAUCUGACAAAUACUUCAUGGCACUGCACUUAGUUUAGGGAAAGAAAUGUUACUCCUAGUGAAUUGUUUGUAUCCGUUUCAUGUUGGCAUUUGUAGUUUGUAUUUUGAAUUGUUAAGUGCUGUUUAUACAGUAUAAUCAAUGCUUUCCCAACUUGUUUGGUUGCCCUCCAUGACUAAAUAUUUGUGGAACAAGAUGUUUACUGUAACUAUGUUUAAAAUCGAUAAGGCAGCAUACUUUUACUUCAUCUUCUGCCAGAUAGUGAAUGCCAGGUGGUAUGGGGGUCAGAAAUCCAGCACUAAAAAAGAAAAAAAAGAAAAGA